AUGUCACAACAUAUACAUGCUGAUGCUACUUAUAAAUUAAUUUGGCAGGGUUUUCCAGUACUAGUUAUUGGAACAAUUGAUUUGAAUAAAGCAUUUCAUCCAUUUGGUUUAGCAAUAUGUACAAAUGAAAAAAAAACAAAAGAUUUUGAAUUUAUCUUCAAUAGUAUUCAAAUUGAUAUGCAAAAAAUUAAUAAAGCUUUAUUACAACCAACAGCAUUAAUAUUAGAUGCUGCAGAUUCAAUCAAAAACGAUUUUAAAAAUGUA